GCACUCAGUCAUCCAUGAGUGUCGAACAUGGGGUGUUGCUCAUGAGUGGUUUCUGAAGACGUCCCAAGUUUGUUUUCGUACCAAGAUCAUCUAUGAACUUCUUCAUGAUGAUAAAUUGUGUAUCUUUUCUCUUCGUAAUCGGGUCCUUCCUUCUGGAAUAGGGAUCAUUGCUUGGCAGAUCCCCCAAAGCCACAGUAUCGCGGCGGCAUAAUCCGCAACCCAGAAUUCAACAAUGGCACGAAGCGUUGGAAACCCUUCGGCCGCAGCCGCGUCGCAGUGAGGAAAUCUGAAUCAGGUAACCGUUUCUCGGUCGCUACACGCAGAACCUCGCCGCAACAGAGCAUAUCGCAGAAGGUGUUCCUGCAAAAGGGUUUGCUGUAUGCUUUCUCAGCCUGGGUUCAGAUCGACCGAGGGAACGCUGCUGUUAGGGUCGUCUUCAAGACAUCUAGCGGCUUCAUCCAUGCGGGAGAGACGGAAGCAAAGUCGGGAUGUUGGACGAUGCUCAAGGGAGGUCUGACUCCCGAGUCGUCCGGACCAGCUGAGAUCUUCUUUGAGAGCGAGAACAGAGGUGGGGAGGAGAUAUGGGUGGACUCUGUCUCUCUGCAGCCGUUCACUGAACGCCAAUGGAGAGCUCACCAAGCGAAGGCCAUCGACAAGGUCCGCAAGAAAAGCGUCGUGGUCCGAGUGGUCGACGGCGAGGGCAAGGCCGUUCCCGGCGCGUCAGUUUCCAUCCAGCAGGUGCGGCCGGGUUUCCCCUUCGGUUGCGCCAUUGCGAGCACCAUCCUCAACAAUCCCGCGUACCAGAACUGGUUCUCCUCCCGCUUCACCGUGACCACCUUCGAGAACGAGAUGAAGUGGUACGCCACGGAGACCUCCCCCGGCAAAGAGGACUACUCCGCCGCGGACGCCAUGCUCGCGUUCACCAAGCAGCACGGCAUCGCCGUCCGAGGCCACAACGUGCUCUGGGACGACCCCCAGACGCAGAUGGGCUGGGUCAAAUCCCUCUCCGCGCAGCAACUCCGCGACGCCGCGCAGAGAAGACUCAAUUCUGUAGUGUCGAGGUACAAAGGCCAGGUCAUCGCCUGGGACGUCGUCAACGAGAACAUGCAUGGCUCCUUCUUCGAGGACAAGUUGGGUGCCGACGCUUCGUCGAUUUUUUACCAGAAGGUCCGGGAGGUCGAUCCAAACGCACUGCUGUUCCUGAACGAGUACAACACCCUGGAGUACCCUGGUGACUUGACCGUGACUCCGGCGAAGUACCUCGAAAAGUUGCAGAGGAUCGAAGCCUACACGAAUCAUCCAGGUCUUGCAAUUGGGCUCGAGAGCCACUUCGGCAAGCCGGAUUUAGCCUACAUGAGAGCUGCUUUGGACACUCUGGCGAGGGCCAACAGGCCGAUUUGGCUCACCGAGGUGGACGUCAACAAUGGCACAGAGCGGGCGAGGGAUUUGGAGGGCGUGCUGAGGGAAGGCUACUCGCACCCUGCUGUGAAAGGGAUAGUGAUGUGGUCGGCAUGGCACCCCAACGGGUGCUACAGAAUGUGUUUGACGGACAACAACUUCAAAAACCUUCCAGCCGGCGAUGUCGUCGAUAAGCUGAUCGCCGAGUGGAAGUCCGGCGAUGUGGUUGGCAAAACGGCUGCUGAUGGUUCCUUCAGGACUCGACUCUUUCAUGGAGACUACGAGAUCAGCAUCAGCCAAUCUUCAGGAAAGUCCUCUUCGGUGCAGAGUUUCAAAGUCGCAGAUGCUCCGCACAAGAUCAGACUCAAGAUUCGGAUCUAAGGAACUCACUGAAUCAGGCAGGGACUAGAUUCGGGUCAAACAAUAAGCUUCGACGCAUUUAACAAGAGAUUUCAAUUAAAAACUGAGUCAAAUCCAAAAGUGGUCUUAAAAUAAUACCUGAUUGUGGCUCGAGGUUGGCCAGCCGCUCUUUUAAUUUUAUACCUAAGCAUCCUUAAUUUUGUCAAGAGUCCGCACCUUAUUCAA